AUGACUAAGCAGGCGGCAAGAAAAGGGGUGUGGAGAGCUCAAACACCAAGGCUCAACCUCGCGAGCAGCAGCAAUUCCACCCCAACACAUUCUAAACACAGCCCUGACCCCAUUAUUAUAAAUCUUUCCACAGCUCUCCAAGGCUUCACUAUUACGAGGGCAGAAGAGGCAGAACAAAAGCGGGAUUUGAAGGGAAAAAAAAUGCACUUCUCAGACGCAGAUCUCCAGAUAAUCAAGCAGAACCCCCUGGAUGAUUUCCGUGGUACUUAUCGUCAAUUCUUCCUCGAGAAGACGGACCUUACCGUUGAAAAAGUCCAAGAAAAGCCGGAGAUUUUGAAGCUAAUCCUUCAUGACGCGACUAAGGAAGAAAAUGCCCGCGAGCUCUUCCAUGUUUUCCUCCUCCAACUAUCUCUCACCGAUGCCAGCGGGGAACUGCGACACCCCAGUGGUUCCGACACAAUCGCUCGAAAGCGAAUACUACUGUUUGCAGGCGAAUGGCCGAACCAGCUUGACCUUGACGGCGAUGCACUGAGUCUUUGUUCGGAUGGAUUAUUCAAAGCUCUUGUCCCAGAGACUGACGUUCCGGACCGGGACGUAUGGUCAUCCGUGUACAACCUUUUGACCACUUUUCCGGCGGUGGAUUCCCCCGAGGCGAGAAAGAACGUUGCUGUCAUGGCCAAAGAUUACCUGACCAGAUACGCCAAGGAGCACCCGUACUUACUCGCUUUGAAUAUCGGGUUAUCGCUCGUGGGGUUUGCGAUACCACCGCUCUUGGGGGCUUUGGGAUUUACUAGCGCUGGGGUUGGUGCCGGUAGUGCUGCAGCGGCAUGGCAGUCCGGUUUUAUGGGAGCCGUUCCGAAGGGAAGCUUGUUCGCCGCUUGUCAGAGCAUCGCAGCGACGGGGUCUGCACCUUUAUUCUCGGCAGCUGGGUGGGUCACUAGCUCGACUAUUACCGGGGCCACGGUGCUAUGGGAUGGCAUGAAGGGGAAUAAAAAAGAUACAAAGGGUAAACCUGGAGGUGAGCAGGAAGAGAAAUUGUAAUGGGUUUUGUUUUUAAGCCCGCUCCCCAUCCGCUGCUUCUGGUUGGACUGCCGGGCGCACUUUAUGUAACUAGGACUACUGCGUUGGCCGGGUUUCUUUAUGAAGGGCAUCUUGAGAUGACUUCAAUCAUUUUCUGAUUUAGUGUUAGCAAUAAAAUAAGAACACUCAGUG